UUUCUUUAUUACGUUUUGGUCAUACUGCUUGGCGACCGACAAUUGCAUUAGAUUUAAAAUCAUUUCAUUUACUUAAGUGAAGCAUUAGUCAGCCAAAUUCGGGAAUUAAGAGAAGUCAGGAGAAGUCAUUCAGUGCACAGUCAGCCACAGAGGUUGACCCCAGAAACGGACAUCGCAACAGCUGUUCUGCCGCUGGCAAUCCGUAUGCCAAACUGGCACAUACAGGGAGCAGUAUGCGCCGCAAUAACUACCCAUAUCAGCCUCUGAACCAACAGCCAUCGGGACCCCAUCCAACAAGCCACGAUUCCUUGGAGGCGGAAAACGAACAGGCGGCGGAGGAGCUAAAACAGAAGAUCGGAGCCCUAAAGUCACUCACCAUCGAUAUUGGCAAUGAGGUGCGGUAUCAGGACAAACUAUUGCGUGGAAUCGACGACGAUAUGGAUCGAACGAGUGGUUUUCUGGGCAACACCAUGACUCGGGUGAUGCGUCUGGCUAAGCAGGGUGGUGGUGCCCGCCAAAUGUGCUACAUGUUUCUCUUCGUCCUGUUCGUUUUCUUCAUCCUCUGGGUGACCCUUAAAUUCAAGUAGUUGUUGCUAAUUUUUAUAAAAUAUAUACCUUCAGAUUUGUAUUGUUUAGUGUAGAAAAAUUGCAUUUUGCUUAAAAAGUCA